AUUACGAAAAGACGAUAAAAGAUGCUACAUUUAUUUUAGAAUGACAAUAGAUUGUUUCGAUGAACUGUUGCACCUUGUAGAAAAUGAUAUUAGAAAAUCAGACACGAAUUACCGAGAAGCUAUUUCUCCCGAAGAACGGUUGGCCAUAACAUUAAGGUAUCUGGCUACCGGAGAUACAUUUUAUACAAUAGGCCAUAGUUUUAGAGUCGGGUUUUCGACUGUAAGUGCCAUAGUUGUCGAAGUUUGUGAAGCUUUAUGUAGAAAUUUGCAACAUAUUUACUUGCCCGAACCAACUACAGAAAUAUGGAGAAAAUCUGAAGAAGGUUUUAGAAAUACCUGGCGAUUCCCAAAUUGUAUUGGUAGCAUCGAUGGCAAGCAUGUUACUAUCAAGUGUCCAGACAAAACAGGAUCUAAUUAUUGGUGUUAUUUGAAUAAGUUUUCUACAGUAUUAAUGGCUAUUGUUGGCCCAGAUUAUAGAUUCAUUUCAGUUGAUAUUGGCGGUUUUGGUAAAAACAGCGACGGUGGAAUAUUCGAAGCUUCCAACAUGGGAAGAAGAUUUGAAACAAAUCAGAUGGGUGUACCUGAGCCGAAAAAUCUCCCAGGCCAGAAUGAACUUUCCCCCCAUGUCUUAAUUGGAGACGAAGCCUUUGCACUAAAACCAUACUUGUUGAGGCCCUUUCCAUACGGUCAAAGCAGAACAGAUAUUUUCAAGGAAAAUUAUAAUGUGAGGCUCUGUAAAGCGAGAAGAGUAGUAGAAAACGCUUUCGGAAUAUUGGCACAAAAAUGGCGUAUAUUCUACAGACCAAUGGAAACAAAAAUUGAUACUAGUAUUCUCAUUGUGAAAACUGCAUGUAUUUUGCAUAAUUUUCUAAGGACAAAAAAAUGUGAUGAUAGAUUCAUAGAACUUUUAGAUCCACCAGAGCCUGAACUUGGAGCAUUUCAAAAUUUGGACAAUGACCCAAGGAGAGCUGUAAGACUGGCAUUUUCUGUUCGAGAAAAAUUUGCCACGUAUUUUAAUUCAGGACUAUAA